GAUCCGUUAUCUUCUUCUUGCAAGAAUGUUACGAUUAAUUAGGAUAUUAAUGCAUGUCCAGCGCUACCGUGCCUUCGUUGCCACAUUCUUGACCCUCAUACCAAGUCUAAUGCCAUACUUGGGAACCAUAUUUUGUGUCAUGUGCAUCUAUUGCUCUCUUGGUUUACAGAUCUUUGGUGGUACAGUUAAUGCUGGGAACCCUGAUCUUGAAGGAACAGAUCUUGCUAAAAAUGACUACGUACUGUUCAAUUUUAAUGACUACCCAAAUGGGAUGGUGACACUUUUCAAUUUACUAGUGAUGGGAAACUGGCAUAUAUGGAUGCAGGUAUCACUAAUCUGUCAUGAUCACCUAUAUCUUCUCUGCAUUCACGCUGCUCUGUGCAUGACUGAAGAAUAUAUCAACUGUCAUGGUUUUUCAUUUAUGAUCAUCUUUACUUGGUUAGCUAGUGACAAAUAUGCCUUUCAUUGCCUUUUUGUAUGUCCCAUACACUUAUUAACAACCAAUGAUGUUGGUGCCUUGUUUAGGGUAGAGCUGACUAGUAAUCAGGUUUUGCAAGUAUCUGACCAGUCGGCUGUUAAAUUAGGUUCAGUUUAUGUGAAUCCGGUUAAUUAUGCAGAACACCUACUCAAAACUUAUUUAUUUCAGAUAAUCAGCGGAUAUUGCCUUCUUCGGGUUAUUGUUUGUUUUCAAGGACAUGGAAUUCCAUACAAACCACCAGGGAGUUAUGAAAUUUUAUAUGAGGACCAUGCCUAGUGGCUUUGGAAAUUUCUCAGGCAUGCACUAGGUAGACCUUGGAGGUAGAAUAGUUAAAUUGUGGGAAACCUUUAAUAACAUUACCUUUUUAGAGAGAUUGUGCCCAUAUACGAUGUGUUAACUGUAAGCUACGAAGCAUGGAUACUUCGAAAUGGCCCCCGUACGCGUACCGGAUACGGAUAUGCGCCCGAUACGGCGGGAUACGUAUCAGAUACGGCAAAAAAGUAUCCUUUUUUUUUUUUUUUAAUUUUUGAAUUUCGGAUACAUUUGGGAUACGCGAAGAUCCGGUCGGGAUACUUUUCGGGAUACGGCGAGGCAAAAAAAUAAUUUCAAAAUUUUAAAAUGGGGUCAAAGUAUAAAAUAUCAAAAUAAGGUAAAAUAAAACAAAAAGAAAUCAAUCAAUCAAUCAACCAAACCUACCUAUGUCGAACAACAGUAGCAAAGGAGGAGAAGAGUUCGUCGUCGUCUCUCGCUCAGGUUCGUCGAUCAGGUUCGCGAACAGCAGCUCGACGCUCGUCGAUCAGGUUCGUCUCUCUCUCUCUUCCUUUUGCUCCCUCUCUAUCUCCCUCUCCCUUUCGCUCGAUCUCACUCUCUCUCUCUCUCUCUCUCGCUCAAUCUGUCUGGUCUGGGGAUGGACAGAUCGCUCGAUCUCAUCUCCUCCCCUCUCGGUCGAUCUCUCCCUCUCCCUCUCCCUCUCCCUUUAUCUAUCAUCUCUCGCUCUCUCUUUCCAGUCACAUUUUUUUUUGUAUGUAUACUCUGUAAAAUAAAAUAAAUAAAAUAAGAUAAAAUUAAAAAAAAUAUAAAAAAAUGAACUUUGUAUGUAUUACGGUGUUACCUGUAUGAUAAAAUAAAAUAAAUAAAAUAAGGUGAAAAAUUUACUAAUAAAUAAACUUAUUAAUAAAUAAAUAAAUAAACUUACUAAUGAACUUUGUAAACUUAUAAACUCUGUCUGGUCUGGAU